CAGCGACCUCUAACCCUUCACAUUCUUUUCAUCCCGAAUACAUGUCCUGCUUCUUCUAGAUCUUCUAGUUUCCGUUAUUAGACUUCUAUCCUAUUUUCUAUCCCCAUCGACCGACUAUGCCAUAAUGAUCCUCCACCUUCAGCGUUUCGCACUUCUUGCGGCCCUUCUGGGGCUCGCUUUAGCGUCUCUUUGUGCUGCUGAGUCAAUCAAUAUACCCCCAGAUGCCCCAAUAUCGUCCCUCAUAGCCUCUGGCAAAGCCGCUCGCGCUCGAGGCGCGAACAGCGAAGCACUCGCAUAUUUCGAUGCGGCUGUCUCAAAAGACCCUUCCGACUACAUUACACUCUUCCAGCGAGGAGCAACAUAUCUUUCCCUAGGACGAAAUGCACAAGCGAGCGCAGAUUUCGAUGCCGUACUGAAGCUAAGACCGGGUUUUGAGGGAGCAUUGUUGCAGAGAGCGAAGAUCAGGGCGAGAAAUGCAGACUGGGUUUUAGCGAGAGAGGAUUAUUUGGCGAUGGGAAGCAAAGGAGCAGAAGAGCUAGCACAACUCGAGGAAGCAGAGGGCGCGGCAUAUCUUGCAGUCGAGGCGGAGAAGAAGCAGGACUGGGAGGCCUGUAUCAACCAAGCAGGAAUCACCAUCAUGACGGCCGGAACAUCCCUGUCUCUACGACAACUGCGGGCGAGAUGUCGCUUUGAACGGGGCGAAGUCCAAGAAGGUCUGAGCGAUCUCGCACAUGUGCUGCAGAUCCAUCCCAGCCUGGUCGAGCCUCAUCUUCAAAUCUCAGCCAUGAUGUUUUACAGCUUAGGAGACACGGAACGUGGUCUGGCACAGAUCAAGAAAUGUUUACACUCGGACCCAGACUCAAAGCCGUGCAAGUCUUUGUUCAGGGAGGAGAAGAGCAUAUUGAAGCAAAUCGACCAUGUCAAAACGUUCAUGGGGAAACGCCAAUUCAACUCUGCAGCUAAGCUGCUCGUAGGCAAAGGCACCGAGGAUGAACCUGGCCUAUUGUCCGACAUAAGCGCCAACCUUGGCACCCACCGCAAGAGCGGCACGAUCCAUCCCAAAGCCCCAUCCGACCUUUACACGGCACACCUCGAAAUGACCUGCGAAGCGUAUUUGUCACUCAACAACAUGGCCAGAGCCGCCAAAUACUGCACCGAAGUACUCACCUCCAACCCGAACUCGCUCCAAGGCCUACUGUACCAAGCAGCGAAGCACAUGGAGAACGAGAAUUACGACGCCGCCAUAUCUUCGCUCAACACGGCGCGCGACAACCACCCCGAGUCUCAAAACAUGAUCAACCAAAAACUCCAAGAUGCCCAGCUCGCUCUCAAACGCAGCAAGACAAAAGACUAUUACAAAGUCCUCGGCGUAUCGCGGGACGCUGACGACCGUACGAUCAAAAAGGCAUACCGUACCGCAACGAAGAAUUUUCACCCCGACAAGGCUGCGGCCAAGGGCGUGCCCAAGGAAGAAGCCGAGAAGAAAAUGGCCGCCAUCAAUGAGGCAUAUGAAGUCCUCAGCGACCCAGAGCUCAAGGCCCGCUUCGACAGAGGCGACGAUCCGAAUGAUCCGCUCUCCAACCAGGGAGGCAACCCGUUCCAAGGCAGUCCCUUUGGCGCCGGAGGAGGAGGGCAACAGUUCUUCUUCCAGCAGGGGGGAUCUCCUGGUGGUGGGCAGAGACAAUUCAAAUUCUCAACCGGAGGAAUGCCUGGAGGCGGUGGUGGCGCUGGCGGAGGAGGAUUCCCUUUUGGAGGGUUUCCUGGUUUUGGCUAGGGAGAAGGGUAGUUUGGCUCGGAUCUACGGCCUCGCCCUGUCUCAGCGCGCAGAAUAUUGCUUUCUUGAUGUCUUGAAAUGAACAAACGAAUUGAUACCCCUCUAUCACCUGGUCACAUUCUUGGUCCUGCGGGUUGGUUCACUGGUUCGGGAUUU